UUCCACGUCAGUAAGUUUGCCUGUGGAGGAGAUUACCUACCGGUGACAGAGUAUCUGUCUAACGUUAAUGCUAUAACAGAAAAACAGCAGGGUAUGACAACACUACGCGGAACAGUCUGAAAUAUUCACGAUGGUGGACAAGAAUAUAUACAUCGUUCAAGGGGAGAUUUCUGUUGUUGUUGCUGCAAUCAAGAGGAACUCUAGAUGGAGUACCCAUACACCUUUGGAUGAAGAACAGGACACGCUGCUCAACAGCUUCAGGCUUUUGAAAGAGACCCUCAAUAACAUCAAAGAUCUUUCCGAUGUGGAACCCAAUGUGUUUCUAAGACCUUUUCUGGAGGUGGUUCGCUCAGAGGACACAACUGGACCAAUCACAGGCCUUGCUCUCACAUCGGUCAACAAGUUCUUGUCUUAUGGACUUAUAGAUGCCAAUCAUGAAGGGGCAGCGGAGUGCAUCGAGAACAUGGCUGAUGCGGUCACACAUGCAAGAUUCGUGGGCACCGACCCUGCAAGUGAUGAGGUGGUGCUGAUGAAAAUCCUCCAGGUUUUGAGGACUUUGCUAUUGACUCCUGUUGGAGCCCAUCUUACCAAUGAAUCUGUCUGUGAGAUCAUGCAGUCCUGUUUCCGUAUAUGCUUUGAAAUGAGAUUAAGUGAACUGUUGAGAAAGUCAGCGGAGCACACGCUGGUGGACAUGGUGCAGCUGCUCUUCUCCAGAUUACCACAGUUCAAAGAGGAGGCCAAGAGUUAUGUGGGCACUAACAUGAAGAAGAUCCCAGGCUGUAUUCUGGACGCGCAGGAUUUUAUUUAUGCAGAUCAGCCUAGAAACACCAAUCAGACGGGCUUAGAGAGGCUAAAGAUGAGAGCCGGGGGAAUGAGCGAGUCGUCCAAGUGGAAGAAACAGAAGCGUUCUCCCCGUCCCCCUCGUCACAUGGUGCGCAGUCCUUCAGGACAGAUGGAUCCAGCUCAGUCCAGCACUCUCACCAACAACCUUUCAGGUGGAGUUCCCUUCAUAGAGCAGCACAGCGGAAGUUCUUCUACAUUUCCUGGUUCUGACAGUGCAGCUUCUUCCAUCUCCAGCCCCACCACUGACAGUGGCUUAGACAGUGGCUCCAAAACCACCUCAAAGGAGGAUCUCACAGACCUGGACCAGAACAGCUCAACGGCCACCACUCCCAUCACACCCUCCGCAGAGCCAGGCAGACUGGAAUCACAGUCUGAAGGAAGAGGAGUGGAACGAGCCCAGUCCGCCUCAGUGGAGUCCAUUCCUGAAGUCCUGGAAGACCGAGACCUGCUGACUGACCAGUCUGAUUCAGCAUCUGUCCAUGAUAUGGACUAUGUGAACCCUAGAGGAGUGCGCUUUACACAGUCCACUCAGAAAGAAGGUGCUGCCCUUAUCCCGUAUGGUCUGCCAUGUCUGAGAGAGCUCUUCCGGUUCCUCAUCUCUCUCACCAACCCACACGACCGCCAUAACUCUGAUGUGAUGAUGCACAUGGGCCUUCAGCUUUUAAACGUUGCCCUUGAAGCCGCACACAUCGCCCCCUACCAGUCAUUGCUCGGUCUGGUCAAAGAUGAGCUCUGUAGGCACCUCAUACAGUUGUUAGGUGUGGACCGAAUGAAUCUGUACACCGCCUCCAUACGUGUGUGCUUUCUUCUGUUUGAAAGCAUGCGAGAGCAUCUGAAGUUCCAACUUGAGAUGUACCUGAAGAAGCUAAUGGACAUCAUUACCUCAGAGAACCCGAAGAUGCCCUAUGAAAUGAAGGAGAUGGCCCUGGAGGCCAUAGUACAGCUCUGGAGAAUCCCCAGCUUUGUCACAGAGCUCUACAUAAAUUAUGACUGUGACUUUUACUGCUCCAACCUGUUUGAGGAUCUGACCAAAUUGCUCUCUAAGAACGCCUUUCCAGUGUCUGGGCAGCUCUACACAACCCAUCUCCUGUCACUUGAAGCGCUGCUGACAGUGAUUGACAGCACCGAGGCUCACUGUCAGGCCAAAGUGCUCAACAGCGCUUUGCAACAGGAUCAGUCCGAAUCCACAACCGUAGGAGACAGUUCAGUCAGUACCAUCACAGAUUCACCCGCAGAAACUGGCAAAUCUCAUCCCAGUUCUAAUGGACAGAACUCUUUGGCGUCUGAGAUGAGGGCUUCCUGUCCUCCCACCAGCGGUCAUCUCAUGGCAGAGAAGAUGAGAUUAGGUAGACAGGACCAGGAGGAGGUGGACACAGGAGAGAAGAAAAUCUCGAAGAAGCCUCAUCGUUUUUCCAGCUAUCUUCCAGACUCUCAGGAACUUCUGGAAAUCAAGAACAAGAAGAAGCUUCUGAUCACGGGUACAGAACAGUUCAAUCAGAAGCCCAAGAAAGGCAUUCAGACCCUGCAGGAGAAGGGCCUGCUCAGCAGCCCCAUGGAUAAUAACGAGGUAGCCCAAUGGCUGAGAGAAAACCCCCGUCUGGAUAAGAAGAUGAUCGGAGAGUUUAUCAGCGACCGCAGGAAUACUGACCUGCUGGACAGUUUUGUAAACACGUUCACUUUCCAGGGGCUGCGCAUAGACGAGGCCCUCCGCUUGUAUCUGGAGGCUUUCCGUCUUCCUGGCGAAGCACCUGUCAUUCAUCGGCUUUUGGAAACCUUCACUGACAACUGGCAUAAAGUGAACGGUAAUCCCUUCCAGACAAAUGACGCUGGCUUCGCCCUGGCUUACGCCGUGAUCAUGCUAAACACCGAUCAGCACAACCAUAACGUUCGAAAGCAGAACAUCCCCAUGACUUUGGAGCAAUUCAAGAAGAAUCUCAAAGGUGUGAACGGAGGAAAUGACUUUGAUCAAGAUAUGCUGGAAGACAUCUACAAUGCCAUCAAGAACGAGGAGAUUGUGAUGCCGGACGAGCAGACGGGGCUGGUGAAGGAGAACUAUGUGUGGAGUGUUCUGCUGCACAGAGGAGCCUCCGCUGAAGGGAUGUUCCUGCAUGUGCCGGACAGCAGUUACGACCGUGACCUCUUCUCCAUGACCUGGGGACCCACUAUUGCCGCCCUCUCCUAUGUUUUCGACAAGAGCCUGGAUGAUACUAUUAUUCAGAAGGCUAUUGCUGGCUUUAGGAAAUGUGCCAUGAUCUCUGCACACUACGGCUUCAGUGACGUCUUUGAUAACUUGAUCAUUUCCCUCUGCAAGUUUACUACACUCAGCUCUGAGUCUGUAGAGAACCUACCCACCGUGUUUGGCAGUAACAGGAAGGCUCAAGUCGCUGCCAAGACUGUGUUCAGCCUGGCGCAUCGUCAUGGCGAUAUUUUACGAGAUGGAUGGAAAAACAUCAUGGACUCUAUGUUGCAGCUUUUCAGGGCUGAGCUUUUACCCAAGACCAUGGUUGAGGUUGAGGACUUUUUGGAUCCUAAUGAGAAGAUUUCUUUACAACGUGAAGAGACGCCUUCAAACAGGGGUGAGUCUGCUGUUUUGAGUUUUGUCAGCUGGUUAACACUGAGUGAACAGUCAGGGCUCAGAGGUCCCUCCACUGAGAACCAGGAGGCCAAGCAAGCUGCACUGCUCUGCAUAAAACAAUGUGACCCAGAGAAGCUAAAUACAGAAAGCAAGUUUCUGCAGCUGGAGUCUUUGCAGGAGCUCAUGAAGGCUCUCAUCUCUGUGACCCCCGAUGAGGAAACAUAUGAUGAAGAAGAUGCUGCUUUUUGUUUGGAGAUGCUUCUACGUAUUAUUCUUGAAAACAGGGACAGAGUAUCGUGUGUUUGGCAAACGGUGCGGGAUCAUCUGUAUCAGUUGUGUGUCCAUGCUAAUGAGAGCUGCUUCCUGGUGGAGAGAGCAGUGGUGGGAUUGCUCAGGCUUGCCAUACGCUUGUUGCGCAGAGAGGACAUCGGCUCACAGGUUCUACUCUCCCUUCGCCUGCUGCUGAUGAUGAAGCCUCACGUCCUGUCUAGAGUCAGUCGGGAGGUGGCCUACGGCUUGCAUGAACUGCUUAAAACUAACGCUGCCAACAUCCACAGCACUGACGAUUGGUACACGCUCUUUUCCCUUCUGGAGUGCAUUGGCGCUGGGGUCAAACCUCCGGCUGCUCUGCAGUUCGCCAACACUAACCCAGACAAUGAUACAGGCGCGCAGUCAGAUAGUGAACUCAGCUCAUAUCAUCAGAGUGAAGUUAGUCUUGACCGGGGAUACACGUCUGACUCUGAGAUUUACAACGAGCAUGGCAAAUCCAGAAUACCCCGUUCUGCCACUGAUGUGGAUGUAGGCUGGCUAGUGGUGGGUAAAGAUGACCUGGACGGAUCGAAGGCAGCGGUGACCACACCUUCAAAGCCCAUGACCCAUCCUCUCGUUAACCAGUACAGUUUAACUCUCGGGCAGGACAUGGGUCUGCAUGAUACUAAGUCUCUCAUCAAGUGUGUGGAUUCGCUUUCCUUCAUCGUACGCGAUGCUGCUCACGUCACUCCAGAAAACUUUGAGCUUUGUGUUAAAGCCAUUCGUGUGUUCGUGGAGGCCAGCCUUAAUGGAGGCUACCGCACCCACGAGAAGAAGAAGAGCCACAAAUACGACUCCAAAUCCAGCCGGCUCCGAAAGAAGCCACGCGAGAAGGAAGGCGCUUCACGGAGAACCAAAGCGUCCAGUCAGCGGCCCGCCCGUUCCCAUAGCGACGAUGAGGAGGAGGAGGGCGUGCCGGCCAGUUACCACACGGUGUCUUUUCAGGUUAGUCUGGACUUGUUAGACCUGAUGCACACACUGCACACGCGAGCAGCCGGCAUCUACAGCUCCUGGGCGGAGGAACAGCGCCAUCUAGAGGAUGCAGGAAAGAAGAUCGAGGCAGACUCUCAAACGCUGUGGACCAGCUGCUGGUGUCCGCUCCUGCAAGGUAUGGCUUGGUUGUGCUGUGACGCACGUAGACAAGUCCGCAUGCAAGCACUCACUUACCUACAGAGGGCACUUCUGGUCCAUGAUCUACAAACACUGGAUGCGGUGGAGUGGGAGUCUUGCUUCAAUAAGGUCAUGUUUCCUCUGCUGACCAAACUCCUGGAAAAUAUCAGUCCAGCUGAUGUGGGCGGCAUGGAGGAGACCAGGAUGAGGGCCUGCACACUGCUUUCCAAGGUGUUCCUGCAGCAUCUUUCUCCUCUGCUCUCUCUGCCCACGUUUGCUGCCCUCUGGCUCACCAUUCUGGACUUCAUGGACAAGUACAUGCACGCUGGAUCCAGCGACCUUCUGCUGGAGGCCAUCCCUGAAUCCCUGAAGAACAUGCUGCUGGUGAUGGACACAGCAGGGAUCUUUCACAGCGCAGACUCCCGCACAGGAUACUCAGACUUGUGGGAAAUCACCUGGGAGAGAAUAGACUGUUUCCUGCCCCGUCUAAAAGAGGAGCUCUUCAAACAGGCUGUCAUGCCAGAACCUGUGUGUAAUGUUCCUGUGGAGCCCGUCCCGUCUCCUGUUGCUGUUCCUCCAGCCGCUCCCACUGUGCCAGCUCCAUCACCAGUGCCAGCAGCCCCUGCAGAGCCAAAUAUCCCCAGCAGACCCUCAUCGCCUCAAGACAUGCCGACACAGAGUGUCAACGGUGAUCGAACAGACAGAUCAUCUCCAGUUCCUCCCUCAACACCUCCGCUACCCACUCCAGCCAAGAAGAGUCCUCCAGAGUCCCAGCCGCCUCUCAGCCAGUCCCCGCUCAUCCUGCAGCCCCUCGCCUCCCCUCUGCAAGUGGGCGUCCCCCCGAUGACCCUGCCAAUCAUCCUGAACCCCGCCCUUAUAGAGGCCACCUCGCCCGUGCCCCUGCUGCCCCGCCCCUCCGCAGACUGACCCGCCCCUCCGCCAACUGCCCCGCCCACAGUGUUGCAGCAUUUAAAGGAGAAUCGCGCUGGAAGAAGCAUCUGAUUUCACUGUAGCCCACACACUAUUCAAUUAUGUAAGAGCGGGAGCUGGAAGAAGAGCGUACGAGAGGACAUUGAAAUGCAUGGUUGCCUCUCCUCGUUUCAAACAUCAAAGCUUCUCCCAGACCGAUCGGACGGGAAUGUCCUUCAGCCAGAGAUGAGCAUAUUUAUUCAAAUCAGGAAGGUGCCACCCCCGGAGGGACAGUUCAUUAUUGAUGGGACGAGAUGUAUUUCUGGUAGGUUAACCGCAGCUGUCAGAGCAGAUUUUAAUGUGUUAGUACCGGUCAGGCAGAGAUCACAGAGAAUGGCUGAUGAGUAGAGGUCCGGCUUAUUAAACCGUACAAUGUACAUUAGCGCUGAAGCUUUUAGCACCGCUCAAGAUUAACGAGACUGUACAGUAUGAUGAAGAAAACCUAACUUAUUUAGACUAUUCUUGUUGCUUUUACACUUUAAGUAUAUCAUAUUGGUGUAAAUUGGUCUAGAGGAAAAUUAAAGUAACAAUCCACCCAAAAGCGGAUAAUGGUGUCAUCAUUUACUCGUCCUCCACUUAUUUAUAUUUAUAAAUGUGGUAACCCUUUAUAAUAACUACACACUAUGAAUUAUUUAUUAAACAUUAGCAUAUAGUGAAUUCAUUAUCUGUUAAGCAAUAACUCUACAUUAAUAAACGCUAGUAAGCAGUUUAUAACUGCAGCUAUAAAUGCUGUAUUUUUUACUUUUAAGCACAUGUAUAAUGUGCUUGAUGAUUGUGUUGUAAUAGUUUGAUAAUGAUUCAUUUUUCAUUACUAAAUUAUAAUUGCAUUAUUUACGAACCAGUUAUUUAAGAAUAGUGUGUUUAAGAUCAUUCAGAAUGAGUUAAUGAUUAAUAAACUAUUGAAAUCAACAUUUAUAAUUCUUAUUAUUCAGGCAUAUACUAAUAGUUAACUUGUAUGUUUGUAAAUGCUUUAUUAACAGCUUCAUCCAGUUUUGAGAACUAAUCUAAAGUGAGGACUAAUUAUGCUUUAUAAAUCUCUUAUAAAUGAAAAUUAAAGGCUCAGUUAAAUUCUAAACUGAAAAAAAAAUAAAAUAAAUGACUUUAUUAAUUUCUGUCCAUUUGAGGAUACACAAAUGAAACUGUAUCAAAUACAAAAUAAAUCUUUGCAACCUUAUCUAAAAUAAAAUGACUGUACAGUUUAAACAUCGCUAAAUAACAUUAAAAUGCUGUAUCAUAAUAUAGUGUUAAAUUAUUAUAUUGUUGUUGUUUUAGACAAUUUUUACAGUAGUAGUAGUUUUAUUUUGAGAUAGGAUUGCAAAGAUUAUUGUUCAUUUAAUACCGAGCCUUUAAUUGUCAUUUAUAAGGGAUUUACAAAGCAUGAAUAGUCCUCACUUUAGAUGAGGUCACAAAACUAGAUGAAGUUGAGUUAAUAAAGCAUUUACUAACAUGCAUAAUAACCAUUAUUAUACGCCUAUGUGAACGUGAAUUUCAAUAGUUUAUUAACCAUUUACUUAUUCUGAAUGAUCUUAAAAACUAUCGGCUACUCUUGAAUACAAAUGGUUUGUAAAUAAUGCGAUACUUAAUUUAAUAAUAAAAAUAAUAUAAUAUAAUUAUUAAGCACAUUAUGAAUGU